GGAUUGUACUAUUUUAGAAUUUGGUCAAACCAGGCCAUGACAGGGAAGAGACCAAUGACGAACAAGGCAUACCAACAACCAACGCAGAAACACAAGGCACGGCUAGACACUUUCCUUCCAUAAAAGAGUUACAAGAUCAAGUUCAACAAAACACAGAUCGUUGUUCCCAGUUGUUGAACAGAAUUAUCAAAACGGAAAGUGAUAUCUCAACACUUAAAACAAAAACAAAGAAUAUUGAACCCAAACAAAAUGAAACAGAUAACAAAUGUGAAGAAAUGGCGAUACAGCAGCAAAAUGAUUGCAGAAAGUUGGAAUCAGAGAUAUCUGAAAAAAUAAAAACCAUGCAGAACCAAAUAAAGCAACAAGAAAAAAAAUUAGAUGAUAUUAUAAAAUCUUGUUCAGGAUUUGAGGAACAAACAUACAUUGAUGUAUCUGAUAUAAAGAAUCACCUAGACGUACUUACACAAAGUGUAUUUGGGAAAGAAUUAUACAUGCAUGAUUUCUCAGCAAAAGACAUCAAGAACAGUGUUAUACAAGUGUUGGAGAAAACAAGAGAAGAUGUUAGAAAGAUUGAUACACAAACCAACGAAGUGGCUACAGUUUGCUCUAAUUUAAGGGAAACACUUGAUGAACAAUUUAGCAAGCUACAUGUUAAGAAUAAAGAUAUCACGGACAAGCUAAAGGAUAUAGAAACCCGUGUAUGUAAGCCUUACAUGUGUCAAAUCCACCUGGCUAACAACACACCGGUAACUGCUGGAUCGAUUCUUUCUACAUUUAAAGUUGUAUGGGAAUUUAACGGCAAACAUUUUGAUAAAAAAACUGGACAACUUGUGGCACCAGAUGAUGGCUUAUAUCUUGUUAUAGUCACGUUAGAGGAGAAUGCAGAUAAACUCAUUAAAGUUAGUGUGGUAAAGGGAGAUAAGUUUAAAAAAGAAAUUUUUGUAAAAUCUACCAACACAUCAGCAUGUGGAUCUACUAUUGUUGACAUGAAGAGAGGAGAAAAACUUUACUUUAAAGUGGAUUUAGCUGACGAAGGAGCCAUGCUACACUCACCCAGUGGGAUGACUUUUGUUAGGCUGUAAAAAUGUGCAGUUAUGUAAACCAAUAAAUAAUUUCCGUUAGACUGCUUUACGGUUUUAGAUAAUAGAGUUGUAUAUUGUUCUAGGCUUAUUAUUUGAAUAUAUAGUUUACAUGUAAACCAGAAUCA